AUGGCCCGCAGGUUGCUACUGGGGCGCCCACUCCCAUCGGCGGUCGCUUGCGAACGAUCAUCGAUGCACCAGGGCAUGCGGGAGGCGCGGGGCACCCUAUUCGCCCCGAUCAAGCAGUCAACCGAGCGCCGUCUGGGGCAUAGCGCGAUGCAGGUGGCGCCACUGGACUCCCUUGCCCACCUGCCGGGUCCGCCGGUCAAGGAGAAGAACCGAGGGGCGGCCGCCAUCCAUGCGGGCCAGCUCCUGGCCUAUGCCGCCGCCUCGGCGGUGGUGGUGGUCGACGCUCAGAGCCUGACCGUGGCGACCACGCUGGCGGGAGCGCACCGGCAGGCGGCCGUGUCGGCACUGGCUUGGCACCCCGGCAGCGGCCCGCGCGAGGCGCGCGCCGCGGCGCAGCUGCGACUGGCCAGCGGGGACGAGGAGGGGCAGGUGAUGGUGUGGAACGUCAACACGGGGGCGGUCAUUGCGGCGCUGGAGGAUCCCUGGGCCUCCGCCUUUGGCGGCACAGCCGGGGCCAAGCGCCCCGAGAGCCACGGCGGCGGCGGCGGCGGCGGCGGCCGGCCGCCGGUGGUGGGGCUGGCCUGGGCCACCGCCGCGCCCAGCGUGCUGGCCGUCCUGCUGGCGCCCUGCAUCCUGCUGCUCUGGGACUACCGUACGGGCGGCGUCGUGUGGCGUAAAGACUUUGGCGGCGGCGAGGCGUUCACCGGGCUGGUGGUGGACCCUCUGGACCGCCGCCGCCUGGUGAUGUGCGGCGCCAAGGGCUCCUUUGUGGUGCUGUGCCUGCUCAACCCCGCCUCCGACCGCAUCCGGCAGCAGCAGUACCAGGUGGACCUUGGCGGCAGCGGUACCCUGCGCGCCGCCUUCAGCGCCACGCCAGACCUCCUGUUCCUGCUGCUGCAGCGAGAGGUGGGCGCCUGCAGCCCAGGGAUCGCCUUCCCUGGACACAUCUUGCUGUGCUGCAUCGUGUGUGUGCCCUCUGCUCUGCAAAUGUUCCUCGGAGCAUCGUGGCCCCAUCUUGGCCACGAGCCAUGCGUCUGCCGCAUGCGAUGGUACUGCAUUUUAUCCACCAGUACCAUGCAGAUCAUCGUGUUCGACCUGGAGUACGGCCAGCCUGCGGCUUCCACGCCGCUGCCGGGAAGCCGCCCGCCGCUGGAAGACCUGCUGGGCUGCUACGGGCAUGCAGGCGCGGCGGCGGCGGCGCCCGCGGGCAAGUCUCUGGGCGAGGGCGGCAUCGAUGUGCUGUACUGCUCGCACCGCGAUGGAAGCGUGAGCGUGUGGCAGCGCCACCCCCGCCUCCUCACCUACGCCUGCCUGGGGGCCAGCAAGCUGGUGCCCGCGACGGCCAAGUUUGGGCCGGCGCCCAGCCUGCUGGCGCUGGGAGCGGCACUGUGGCGCGGGCUGGAGGCGCCUGCGGCGCCCGACGCCUCCUCCCUGCUGAUCGCCACAGACGGCAGGCGCCAUCCGGGCAUGGCCCGCCGCCUGUCCUCAGGAGAGGUCCGGGGUGGCGGCAGCGGUACCGCAGAGGGCGGCGACGUGGCCGGGGACGUGCCGACCGGCGGCGGCGGCGAGGCCGGCGGCCGCGGAGCCGCCGAGGGCUCCCGCGGCGCGGCGGUGGUGGCGGCGGUGGAGCAGCAGGCGCAGCAGGAGGCUGCGGGGCACGCCGUGCUGCUCAUGGGGGUGGGCAGCGACGGGCGGGUGUGGCAGUGGCAGCUGCCGCUGCUCAGCGGCGAGCUCCCGGACGCCAAGGCCGCCGCCUCUGGCCUGCCGCCUGCACCCAGGCCUGAGCUGCUAGGCCUGCUGCACACGCUGCCGCACAAGGUCACCAGCUUCUGCGCCUGCCCGGUGCCGGUGGUACUGCCCGGUACCGCCGGCGGCGCCGCCAUCGCCGUCGUGGCAGCCGCCACCGCGGCCGGUACCAUCGAAGUGGCGGCGGUGCAGCAGGGGGCGCUGCUGCCGCUGCACCUCAGCAUCAGCACAUCCCUGGCCGCCCACCCCUCCUCCGUGCAUGGCCUGCGCUGGCUGGGCUCCACCGCCCGCCUCGUGUCCUACAGCACCGAAAAGCUGGGGGACAAAGGGUACCGCAACACGCUGCUGCUGACGGACGUGCGCAACCGCGUGAGCACGCCCUUCCGCGCAGCAGGCGCGGCAGACGGGGUGCCGCUGGCGGGCCUGCGCGCCUCGCCCUCGGGCCGCUACCUGCUGCUCCUCUUCAGGGGCGCUCCGUCUGAGAUCUGGUCGGUUGGCGGCGGCGCCCAGCCCGCCCGCCUGCGCCAGGUGGAGCUCCAGUUUGCGGCGGUGGAGUGGCUGCCCCCGCUGCCGGCGGGAGUGACCCACGACAUGGGCCCCUUGGCUGCCUCCGCCGCAGCCGCCUCGGCUGCCGCAAUCGGCAGCCCCGCGGCCACAGGGGCGGCCUGCAGCGGGGGCAACCCCUGGGCAGCCUCACCCAGGGCGGCGGAGCGGGCGGCCGGCGGGCAAGCGGCGCUGCCCUACCAGUUCCUGGAAGAAAGCGAGGAGCCGCCCGAGGAGCGGCUGGCCUUCUCCCUGCUCGACGGGCGGGCGGGCGUGCUGGGCAUACGCGGGCGCCGCAUCAGCGACACCCGGCCGCGCCGACCCGCCUGGCAGGCGCUGGCCUCGGGAGACUUCCGGGCGGUGGCCAUCGGCUCCUGGGGCCAGUCUGUGCUGCUGGGGGAUGCAGAGGGCACGCUGGCGCACUGGGACACAGUGACCGGCAAGUGCUCGGUCAUGGAGACGGGCUACGGCCGGAUCCACCGCAUCUGCACCUCUGCCCCGCCCGCAGAGGCCCUCUACCCCCGCCUCCCCGGCACCGCGGCAGUGCAAGCCCGCGUGGCCCUGCUGUUUGCCAGCGGCCUGUUUGCCGCAUACGACCUGGAUCUGUCUGGAGAGCUAUGGGCCACGCACACCACCGCCAGCGCGGCGGCGGCACGCGUGGGGCGCGUGACGGAUGUCGGCUGGCUGCCGCUGCCGGGGACCGUGGGCGGCGGCGCGGUGCUGGCGGCCUCGCUGGCCGACGGCGCCCUCGCGCUGUUUGACACGGUACACAGCAUCGACGUGCGGCCCCGCCGCGCCCGCAUGCAGCGGUACCGCGCCGCGCUGCACACGCCGCCGCCCCCCGGCGCCGCCGGCGGCGCCUGGGGCCUGGCAGCCGCGGCGCCCGCGGCGGCGCCGCUGCUGCUGCCACGCGCCUGGGCGCUGCUGCUGCGCCUGCUGCUGCAGCGCGAGGUGCCGGAGGUGGCGUUCCGGGAGCUGGGCACGCUGGCCGCUUCCAUCGGCCACGGUACUGCAUGCGGCGGUGCCGCGGUACCGGGCAGCAUGACGGUGGAUGCUGAGCUGGCGCUGGAGCGGCUGGAGGCAGAUAUCUGGGGCCGCCUGCCCCGCGCCUGCCAGGCGGCCUGGGGGGCCCUCCUGGCGCAGCGCGCGGAGGGCGGCGAGGGCGCGGCGGCGGCGGCGGCAGAGGGUUCCUCUCUGAUGCAGCUGGUUGAGAGCUUUGGGGUGGACUCAGACGAGGAUGAGGCCGGGGCCGGCGGCGGCGGUAGUACCAGCAUGGAUGUGGCGGCGGUGGCGGCGGGGCGCGACCAGCGCGGGGCGCGGGAGUCUUUCGAGGGCUCUGCCGUACGGGACGAGGCGGCGGCGGCCGCGCUGGGGCUGACCAGCCGCCAGGGCAGCGCCACGGGGGCGGCGGCCGCGCCGGGCGGCGGCGCGGGCCGCAGGCCUGUGUCCCAGACCUUCAGGAGCAUCGGUGGCGCGGUGAAGAGCCAGCUGCGGUCGCUGGCGGCGGGCGGCGGGCGCGGCGCGCAGCCGCUGGUGGCGGCGGUGGCGGGCAUCUCCGACGGCUUUGAGUACGGGCAGCAGCGGGCGGGCUUCCAGUCGCUGGUGGCUGUGCUGCACGCGGUAGCCACCGCCCGCGGCCAGCCCGCGGUGCUCUCCCCUGCUGAGCUGGCGGCGUACGGGCGGGCGCUGGGCAGGCGCCAGGUGGCCGCCCGCAUGGCGCUGGCUGCUGAGCUGGCGGGGGAGGCGUGCGAGGCGGCCUUCUGGCGCCGCCUGCCAGCGACCCUGCGCUGGUUGGCGGCCGCGUUGGCGCAGCAGCCCACGCCGCGGACCUCCGCCGGCGGCGGCGGCGACGGCGGCGCAGCCGCCGGGCGCCGGCUGUGGGAUGAGGGGCUGCAGCUGGCCGAGAGCGGGGAGCGGUCGGGGUGGCACGAGCAGAUGAGCCGCAGGGUGUUUGAGGGGUCGGAGGACCUGCAGGAGAAGCGGGUCCUGGAGUACGUGGCGCUGGGCGACUUCCAGACGGCCGUCGGCUUCCUGCUGGCUUCCCCGCCUGACCGUACCACGCGGUACUACCGUGACGCGCUGUGCACGCUGGGCAUGGCCUUUGCCUGCGGCCUGCAGCAGACCGCGCUGCUGGCGGGGCCCGGCGGCGCCGGCGGGCUGGGCUCGCCGCGGCAGCCGCCGCCGCCCAGCAUGCUGCCGGCGGGGAGCGGCAGCAUGAUGGCGGGCACGCCAGCUGGCGCCACCUCAGCGGCCGUGGCCAGCACCGUGGAGGAGUCUGCGGCUCGGACGCUGUUUGUGCAGGCAGCCAAGGUCAUCACAGCCAACGCGGCGGCGGUGGGGGACACGCUGCUGGGCGUGCCGCUGCUGUGCUCCACAGGCCAGCACGCAGAUGCUGCAGCGCUGCUGCAAGACUCGGGCCUGUGGCGCUACGCCGCCACCCUCACCGCCCACGCCCUCAGGCGCGACCCCUGCUGCCUUUGCCGGGCGCGGCGCCUGGCCCGGCCGCUGGCGCAGCGCAUGCAGAAGCGGGGCGCUUUCCUCACAUGCUUUCCUUCCUGCCCACCCACCCACCGACCCACGCAUGCACUCCUGGCCGCGCGUGCGCCUGCCAUCCUGUGCAGGGGCUCGGAGCGAGCGGCGGCGGUGGAGCGCUGGGCGGGGCACGUGGCGGCGGCGGAGGGGCGGCCCUGGGCGGCCGCGGGGCUGCUGGUGGCGGCAGGCUCGCUGCAAUCCGCCCUCACCCUGCUGCGCCAGCACGGCCUGCCCGACGCGGCGGCUGCGCUGGUCAGCGCCUGCAAGGAGGCCGAGCUGCCGCUGCAGCAGCACAGCGUGGCCAGCGGGGAGCUGGCCAACCUGUUUGCGGGGGCGGGACGCGGCGGGCCGCACGCCCAGCCCAUGCAGCGCUUUGACGGCGCCGGCGCGCGCCUGCCCAGCCCGCCCGCCCCGGGGGAGCGGCCGCCGGCGGCGCCCUCCCUGCAGCGAACCCUCACCGACUACGAGCGCAGCGAGGCGGCCAAGGAGUUCCAGCUGUACGCCUGUGAGCUGCUGCAGCAGCUGUAG